AUGAAAACUCCGAAAUUAAAAUCGAAUAGAACGAAAUCCGUCCGCUCUCGUGCUGCGCGACGAGGUGCCUCUCCAAGUGUCGAUGUCGACAAGUCUAUAGCGUCACUUCCCCGUGCGGAGCGAACUGUUUUGACCCGACCUUCCGUCCUCGGUGCACAGCAUGUCGCUGGUGUAUCGAAAAAGAAGCAAAAGCGCCAGACGCGGGCGCAACGUCUCCGGCAAGAAAAGGGAUUAGAACGGGCAGAAAUAGUGAUGGAUAAAACUGAAAAGAAGGUUGCGAAGAGCAUGAAUAGAGGAAAGAUUGUAAAAGCACGAAAGGCUACGUGGGAUGACCUCAACAAACGGGGCACAAAUGCAUAUAAGAUUCUACAAGAUCAAGGCCCUGAUGCCAUGGAUACGAGCGACAACGAAAGACAACCGAAACAACGAAAACCAGCCGUGUCAUCCGUUAAUCCACCGCAACUCGCCCAACCCGCGCAGACGGAGCAGUUUGAUUUUGAACUCGACGGAGAGAUCACCUAAACCCGGACAGCGGCUUCAAAAUUAUUUUCACAAUGGAUCUUAUUUCUUGGGCCUCAGUUGAAUAAUCAUCCGGUCUAUUUCCGCCACAGCAUUGCCGGAGGCGCGAGUUCUUAGCCGCUCAAGGCUGCUGAUAUCUUUUGCCUUGAGGGCCUCUUCUCCGGCCUUAACUACCAUUCCGCACUUGAUCCACAUCUCAAUUCUUUCGGAAACGCCUAGUGUGGUGCACUUGGGGAUAAAUGUGGAAGCAAGUUUCGUGUUUCCGGCCCCGAGAAUCUCGUUGUAAAAAGGCUAUGAUAUAUAAGCUACCAUUCACGCAAAAAGAUUAAAUGGCUCCCUGCUGGAAUUUCCAAGGUUUAAGGAACAUACCUCCCAUCCAAUAGGGGAUUUUUUGGCUUUGCCUAUUUCUUCAAGCUCCCCCCAGUCACGCUUUGCGACUAAACCUCGCAGUCUCAACCACCAAUAAGUUUUCUCGGGAACUUUGAAUUCACUCUGAACUUUGCUGGCGCGUUUCCCGUAACCAGAUCGAAUCAGCCU